GGGCAGCUCAUAUCCCAGUUGAAGAUGUCAAAUAUAGAGGUUACCAGAAGCUAAAUUGCGGCAGUCAUAAACUAGAGGAGUAAUGGCUGUGGCCUGUGGGUAUAUUUAUUUAAGAGCAGUCAAAUGAAACAAACUGCUGCAAGCCUGGAACCCCCCUUAUCACAAAUCCAAGAAAAGCCCAUUAAUAAGCUAGUCGUUCCAUCUCAAAAAUUUCAGACUAGUCAGUAAUCAAGAAUGCUUACUCCAAUUCUCUCCUCUCCUUCAUCCUCUUCCACCCUAACCCCAUUUCCUUAUUCUCCUUCCCUCCAUUCUUCCUCUUUCAUUAAAUCCAUAUACUUGCCCCUCACCAUUCCCUUCAAAACAACUAAGAAAACAACACCCAACUAUUCAUUUCAAAUUCAAGCAUCAGCUUCCUCAAUGAUUGAAGAAAUACCCGAAUCCCAAAAGCCACAAACAUUCCUUCGAGAAUCCGAUAAAGGAUCAUCAUCAAAUUCCAGCACUGUUAGAGGUCGGUUUGAGAAGACGAUAAGAGAAGUGCAAGACAGUGUUUGUUUGGCAUUGGAAGAAGCUGAUGGAGGUGCAAAGUUUAAGGAAGAUGUUUGGUCAAGGCCAGGUGGUGGUGGUGGAAUAAGUAGGGUAUUGCAAGAUGGGGAUGUUUGGGAGAAGGCUGGUGUUAAUGUUUCAGUUGUUUAUGGUGUUAUGCCACCUGAAGCUUAUAGGGCUGCUAGGCCUACUGAUAAUGGAGAUGUCCAGCCCGGCCCAGUCCCCUUUUUUGCUGCUGGCGUUAGCUCUGUAAGAGCAUUAUUUCGUUGUUGUUACUAUUUUCAUUUUUGUAUUCCUUGAAUGCUU